CGCCUCCUUUUCCAUUAACAGACAAUUUCCCUCGCUAUUUAUACCCCUUUUCGCCCAACCACAUUCUUCCCUUCUCUUUUCUUCUUCUUUCAAUCUCUACACCAUUUUCUCAAUAAUAUACCUUUCCACUAAUCAUCAAUCAAUCAAUCAUCUGCUCCACAAAUCUCUAACUACCUUCGCCGGAAUCGUUCAAUAAUGGCGGAUGCCGUCAUGAUCACUACUCUCGACGUCGGUAAGAAGCUCGGUUUCGACGAGACUGAGCUGCGCCUCGGUUUGCCCGGCGCCGGAGACAAGAAGCGAGGGUUCAAUGAAACAGUCGAUUUGAAGCUCAAUCUCGACGCUCCUUCCGAUCAGACUGAUUUUCAGGGGAACAAUGUCAACCGCGAUGCUAAGACGGAUUCUCCUGAGCCUCCUGCUAAGGCACAGGUGGUGGGGUGGCCGCCGGUGCGAUCCUACCGGAAAAAUGCGAUGGCGGUUCAGAAGAGGAGCGAGGCGGAGGAGAGCGGCGGUGGCGCCUUGGUGAAGGUGAGCAUGGAUGGCGCGCCGUACCUGAGGAAAGUAGACUUGAAGAUGUACAAGACUUACCAAGAGCUAUCGGAUGCCCUGGGCAGAAUGUUCAGUUCCUUCACUAUUGGUAAAGGCGAGACACAAGGAAUGCUGGACUUCAUGAAUGAGAGGAAGCUGAUGGACCUUCUGAAUAGCUCCGAUUAUGUGCCUACUUACGAGGACAAGGACGGGGAUUGGAUGCUAGUCGGAGACGUGCCAUGGGAGAUGUUCGUUGGAUCUUGCAAGCGGCUGCGCAUAAUGAAGUCCGCCGAGGCGAAGGGGCUCGCAAUGGAGAAAUGCAAGGGAAGAAUCUGAGGCAGUGAUCAAAUUCAAACCAGAAACUGCAGCUUUCAUCUUAGCUUAGCAAACAGAGGAGAUGGAUGGUGCAGGAUGCUGGAUUGUGUCUGUACUGUUGUUAUGUGCUUGCUUUGUUAUUAAUUUCAAAUCUCAUCAAUUUUUCUAUUUUUUACUCAAUAAUGUAUUGAUUGGAUAUUCUUUGAUUUGUAUAUUAAACUAUUUUGAAUGUGUGAUUCCUUCGCUCUUCUAAAUUAAA